AUGUUCACACCGUUGACCGCGGCCGGCGGGAAAAUCGUCACGUGCCAUGGCGACUUGCACGCGGGAAACAUGGUGGCGAUUUUUGGAAAUGGUACAGCGGAUGGGGGGGAAGCCAGGAUUUUUGAAGGUAAAGUGACUGGCACUUCUGGCACGACAUCCUCCGCGGCUUCAUCCCGCGAUGAAGUUGACGGGAAUGAUAAAAAUGCUCGUGAAGAUCAAGAUGACCCUCGCAGUCUCCGUUUUUUGGACUUGGAGUUCACAACCGCCGCAGCGGCGUGGAACGAUCUGGGAUACGUGUGUUUUCACUACGAAGACAUGCCGCGGGAGCAGCGGACCCUCGCCCGCGACGACGUGCGCGACAUGAGGAGAGCGUUUCUGAGAAGCUAUUUGGAAGCAGUGAAGAAGUUUGACGAAUUUCACGAUUCCAUGCAGGAGCCAGUUGUGACGGAAGAGGACGUGGACAAACUCCUGAUUGACGCCACGCUGGGUGCGUGCGCCCACCACUUCGGCCCGCUGACCCACUUCUCUCCGCUGGGGAGCGACCUGGAGGCGCUGCAGCAAUUCAAACACGACGCCGCGGACCUGUGUGGCAGCGAGGUCGAGCAGCGCAAGUUUGCCGCGUGGGGCCCGGAGGGCUGGCUGGCGGAGAAGGGGUACGGGCGUAAAUUGGCGGCCGGCGGCUGGGAUCGGGAGGACGUCCGCUACACGGAAUUCGCUUUCAUCAGGCGGAUUUUAGAUUAUCAGAUCAGCGGGAAACACUGA